UAUUUGGAGGGGAAAGUAAUAAUAGAAAAUUAUCCAUGUAACGCGAAAAAUUAAAUAAAAAACAAAAUAAACAUCAAUCCAGGUUUACUAUCGGUAUUUUAAACAUCAAUAUCUUCCUGAGCAAGACACAAAUAUUAUUCUGAUUGAGCAAUAAUUAUUUUUAUAAAAAGUAUUGCUAGCCAAAAAUCAAUAUUAUACCUUAGUGUUGUUUGCACUUGGACGGGAAAUGUAAACCUUAAGCUAUAAGUCCAAUUAGUUUCGAAAUAGUACUUGGCGCGUACGUUUGUAAAACGAAACGAGUUGUUUGUUGUGAGUUUUUUUUUAUUUUGAAACGAAAAAAAAAAAAUUACUUACUGACUGAUUACGAAUAAUGUUCUCUUGAGUAAAUAAAAAAGGAAAAGUUAGUGAAGAAAAUAUGGUUCAACAACCUUUUGACAGUAAUGCAAAAACGCACGUCGUAGUUUUAGACAAAACAGGAAAGCGAUCUUUUGGAAUAUGUAUUGUAAGAGGAGAGGUAAAAGACUCGCCGAAUUCCAAAACUUCUGGCAUAUUCAUAAAAGGAAUUGUACCACAAAGUCCAGCCCAUACAUGUGGACAAUUGAAGGUCGGUGAUAGAAUACUAACUCUUAAUGAACAAGAUGUUCGAAAUGCAACUGAACAAAAUGUCAUUGAUCUUAUAAAAGAUGCUGGUAUGAAAAUUAAUCUAGAAGUCCAAACGUUUGACCAUAAACAAGAUGACGUUUCAAAAGUACAGCUUAAGCCGGUUAAACAGAAAUCGAUUGAAAAUGGGACAGUGGAGAAAAAGGAAAGUUCGCAACCCAGUAUAGUCCAUAAAAAUACAAUCAAUAAAGCACCAUCAAACAAGCCUCUUAUGCCAAAGGAUUUAAUCAAAUCAUCAACAACAGCGACGACAAAGAGUUCUGCUAUAAUGGAUGAUGACGAAGAAGAAGAUACGAGGGAUAUGACAGGACGUAUAUAUACUGAAGCUGGAUAUGAGAUUGACAGAGCUUCAGCAGGAAAUUGUAAGCUAAAUAAACUCGAAGCAGAAAAAGAUAAGGAAACACCUGAUGAUUUCGGCUACACUAUGGCUAAAAUCAAGAAGAGAUAUUCGAACUUAAAAGAUCUAAAAAAAAUUGAAAUCACUAGGCCACCAAAUACAGAUCUGGGCUUAGCUUUGGCAGGUCAUAGAGAUCGUCAGAAAAUGGCUUGUUUCGUUGCUGGUCUACAUCCUCAAGGUCUCAUGGCUAAAUGUGACAUAAAACCUGGUGAUGAAAUAUUAGAAGUAAACGGAAUUGUGUUACAAAAUCGGUGUCAUUUAAACGCAUCGGUUAUAUUCAAAAAUAUUUUCACAGAAAAACUAGUUUUUGUAUUGCAUAGGAGGAAAGCUAAUGACGAAGGAAUUUCAGUGAAACCGUUUACUAGAUUUCCUCCAAUAGUCGACGAGACAGAGUACUUAUUCACGGCAUAUAAAAAUGUAAGAUCUCUCAAAAUUCAGAAGGUUGGAUGCUUGGGGCUGAUGAUAAUUGAGGGAAAGCACGUUGAAGUUGGAAAAGGUAUUUUCAUAUCUGAUCUUAAAGAAGGCUCGAAUGCUGUGGAGGCCGGACUUAAAGUGGGUGAUCUUGUAUUGGCUGUCAAUAAAGAUGUUCUAGUUGAAUCAACUUAUGAAGAAGCUGCUGCAAUUCUGAAACGUGUUGAAGGUAUCGUCACAAUGGUGAUUUGCAGUUUAAAGAGUGAAGAACAAGUAAAAGCAGAAAUGGCUAAGGAAGAGGAGAAAAAGAAAGAGGCAGAAAAGAAAGAAGAGAAGAAAGAGCCAGAAAAACCUGUUGAUCCUUCUGUGGCUGAAAUAACAACAAAUAAGAAGAUUUUAAUUGAAGUUAAUGCUCAGAAGAAACCGUUAGGUGUUAUAGUAACCGGCGGCAGAAAUAAUCAUGUUAAAACUGGAUGCAACAUAACACAUAUUUAUCCUGAAGGUGUGUUUGCACAAGACAAACGACUCCAGUUAUUCGAUCAAAUAAUUGCCGUGAAUGGAACCCUAGUUAACUGUGAAGAAUUGACAACGUUGAAAGUUCAUCAACUAUUCCAUCUCGCUUAUGAGAAGGUAAACCUUUUGGUAUGGAGAAAUGAUCCUCCCGAGACAGAGAACUUUACAAUUGAGUUUGCCAAAAAACCUGGAAAGGAACUGGGCUUAUCACUUGCACCAAAUGAAAAAGGUGCCACAAUUGUUGAUAUCACUUCAGCUGGAUAUGCAGACAUUGAUAAUAAACUUCAGCGAGGUGAUAUAAUAACUAAAUUUAAUGCAGAUUCUUUGGAGAAUGCUUCAUUUGCUGAAUGUUAUGCAUUGUUCAAGGGUGCAACUGGUAAAAUAAGCAUGGAAGUUGUGAGGCCAAAGCCAACCAAAAGAGAAAAGUAAAUGGAUAACAUUGUGCACGUACUCUGUUAUAAUUUUUAAUGAAAUAAAGAUAUGAAAUUUAUUUUAAAAAUUGUGAAA